GAAAUAUAAAUACCGAUCUCGUGUAACCACCAACUUGUGUAACCAUGUCUAAUCCAUUGUUACACAGAAAUAUCUUACCCAAUUCGAACUAGACCUAGUACUCCCUCCCACCGGACACAAUGUGGCUCAUCAACACCCAGACCUUGGCACUCGAGUACUUUUCCAGUCACAACAAGGUUCCCUAUGCCAUCCUCUCGCACACAUGGGAAGAGGAAGAAGUCACAUUUCAAGAGUUCCACAGUCUGGACACAGCGAGGUCCAGGAAAGGGUUUGCCAAGAUCGCCAAGACUUGCUCCAUCGCCAAAGACCAGGGCCUUGGGUACGCCUGGGUCGACACCUGCUGCAUCGACAAGGAGAACAGCGCAGAGCUUUCAGAGGCCAUAAACUCCAUGUUCAAGUGGUACACGAAAGCAAAAGUCUGUCUCGUCUUUCUAUCCGACCUAGCCCAGGAACAUGGGAGCGACUGGGCUUCCUGCCGCUGGUUCACCAGGGGCUGGACUCUCCAGGAGCUCAUAGCGCCCUCCAAUGUCGACUUUUACGACGCCAUUUGGAACUUCAAAGGUACCAAGAAAGGCUUGUUGGAUCUCUUGUCUUCGAUAACCGGCAUAGAUGACACAAUCCUGUCGGGAGAGACGAGACUGUCCGAAUUGCCCGUUGCCAGAAAGAUGUCGUGGGCAGCCACAAGACGAACCAGCCGAGAUGAGGAUAUUGCAUACUGCCUGAUGGGUCUGUUCGACCUCAACAUGCCACUGCUAUACGGCGAAGGUCAGAAAGCCUUUAUAAGGCUGCAGGAGCAGAUUUUACAUGAGACGCGCGAUCUCAGCCUUCUUGCCUGGACCGCUCAAGACCAGCCGCACCCGUACGAGGACUAUGAAGACGGCGAUGACACAUCCCAACAGUUCCGAGGCAUUUUUGCCAGUUCUCCAGUUGAAUUCUCUGCAUGUGGGAGAAUUAUAUCUCCGCUGUACCCUCACCUGGAACCGAUGAACGAGGAAUUAACCAUCACGACUAAAGCGUUGAGGGCUAACUGGCCUCUGAAUUGUCACGUCAAUCUGCUCGAAAGGAGUGUGAUUUUGAAUGCCAACACAGAGACACAGCCGACGCAACGGUGGAUGGACAGGACGCCGAGAAACUUUGUGCUGAGCUUGAGAUGUAUGGAUAGCGACUUGAUGGACAAGAUGAGCUUGAGCCCAACGAUCGUCAUCCUCCUUAGACCGACCAGCAAGGGCCACGUCCGAACAGGGUUCCGAAAGACGUACUACAUGUACAACACAACUGUGAGAGAGAGACAACAAGAGGUCUACUUCAGCGCCCCGACACAUAUCAGUCCUUUCCUGUCGCGCGAGAUCUGCUCGCAGUACACCGGAAGCUUGUGGCUCCCCGACCCGACGUGCAACACCGAUCCUUGGCUCCUGGAGGCGUUUGUGCCGCCCGAGCUGCACGACCCGGCCAACAGCGUCUUCUAUUUAGACGGCAGGCCCGAACCCUUUCGGAUUUACCUGAACUUCAGCCUCAAGCAUCCUUUGUCGGACCGGGAAACAAGCCCCUACGACUUUCUGUUGGUGCUGAUGGUGCAGAGUCGCGGAGACAAAAAAGCCGUCGGUGACCGCGAUCUGAGGUUGGCAUUUUCCUCCGCCUUCGUUCCUGAUACGUGGGACCUGUACCACGAAAUGCUGGGCUUGCUGCGGCGGCCGCGCCAGCGGGCCAUUGGCCAUUUAGCCUUGGGCCAGCUGGCUUUCUCCAGCCUGCCAGUCAGGUACAAAGUGGAGUCAACACACGCCGCCCAAGCGGGUGAGUUGCUCCUCGACAUAGUCAGAGUUCCAUUGGACGGAUUCAAGCUAGUGGACAGGCCGACCAAAGGUGAUUACUUGUAUUCGAUCAAACUCGAAUGGAAGCCUGCGUCUCGAGAGGGACUGGGUCUUUUGUCUCAAUGAAGAUGAGCAAACAUAAUGACAAUCUCCUUGUGUUUUUCUGCGAGU